ACAUUGAAUCAGUUGUUGUCGGGCACACGACGGAACAGCAAGUUGCGUUUAAGGUGGUCCCUUAGAAAACUCUUUCACAAUGAUCUUCUUUUGGCGAAUGGGGGGUUUUGGCCUUCAGCUAGUGUUGUUGUUUCGAACCAUUGCGGUCGUACAAAUGCAAUCGUUUUACGAUGUUCCUCCAUCGACAUACAUUGAUCGUACUUCAAUGAAGGAUUGUGCCAAACGAUUCUACUCAGAUGUUGGAGAUUACACCGGCUUCUACGGUGCAUUUGGUGGCUUUAGAGCUCUUCGCGGCGAGUUCCAGCAUAUGGUGGCGAUCGGCUGGACGCGUGCCAGUGGUAAAAUUGAUUACCUCUGCGGUGGCACCUUGAUCAGCAAACAGUUCGUAUUGACUGCGGCACACUGUGCCUGGGAUGGAGACAAUCUUCGUCCAGAUACGGUGCGACUAGGCGAUACGGAUCUGGGAAGUACCGAGGAUGACGAGUUUGCACAGCAAAUCGCGAUCGCUCGGCUGAUCGUACAUCCGAGCUACAGAGCAUCGCGCAAGUACUUCGACAUGGCACUGAUUGAGCUGGCAGAACAGGCCAACUUUACGGAAGCGGUUUGUUCGGCAUGUUUGUGGCAGGAGAAGCACCUACCGACGGGGUCGAUGGAUGCGGUCGGGUUUGGAGCAACCGGUUUCGGUGAAUCGCUAAGUCCGACGCUUCAGCGUGUUGUGCUAAAGCACCUGGAGCGGGAUGAAUGUGACAAUAGGAUUGCAGUGAACAAACGACAAAUGCCAGACGGCUUUCGGGCGGAUCAAUUCUGUGCGGCUGGCAGUGGUAUGGACACAUGCGAGGGUGAUUCCGGUGGUCCGAUCGGUGUGAAGCUGUUUAAUGUCGGUGGUGCGUUGAUACCGCUGGUAACUGGUGUAGUUUCGUUCGGAACUCCCUGUACAGCCGGAUCGACCGGGGUGUACAGUAAAGUGAGCGAGUAUGUCGAGUGGAUUCAACGAACGACAAAUCUGUCUUUGGGUUAUAGAGAUUGUACCUUGGAAUCAUUCUGCGUCGGAAGGCCCAAAGAAACUAUAAACGUAGCAUAUAAUACCUUCUACACCAAGAGUCGCUUCGGUCUUUUAUGGAAGGAAUCGGACAGUCCCUCGAACGACUGUGGAGCGACACUGAUCGACUAUCAAUAUCUUCUAACGGCGGCUUCCUGUGUCAAGACGAGCAAAGGUCAUCCAAAGUUUGUCAUUUCCGAAAGUGGUGAGCGUGCAGCUAUUUCGGAUGUGUACGUAUCACCCAGUUAUAGAGCAGGUCGACCGGAAAGUGACUUAGCACUGCUGAAGAUUGCUAAGUACGCGAAUCAUCAAGUAUAUCGACCCGUCUGUUUAUGGGAUCGUCAGAGCGAUGGAGAAUGGAAGUCCAAGCCGGAGUUUUUCGCAUAUGGACUGGAAGACCAGUUUGAUAAGUUUGUGUUCGUUACUGCUCGCAACGGUACGGGGUGUGAUGAGGAACUGGUACGUGGAACCGAUCUGCAAUGUUUCCACAACGAGGUACCCCUAAUGCCGGGAGUGUGUUGGAUGGAUCACGGUGGACCAAUAAUUGACCAAUCUGUUUGGGGAGAACCAGUGAAUAUGUACGGCAUUGUGUCGCCGUUAAGUAGAAGCUGUGGAUCAAAUCUGUUUAUGGUCGAUGUAACACCCCACAUUCCAUGGAUAGAAGCGAUCGUGGUUGGCAAACGGGACCAAUUCCUUGUAUUUUCAGACUGAAUAUUUUACUCAAAUCUACGCAAUAGAAAGUACGUAUGGAAUCAUCAUCUCGUGCAUAUGUUAACUUAAGACAUUUUCAUUCUCUUAAGCUAUCAAAAAGAAAUAAAAGACCAAUUUUUCGUCUGUUUUAAAGUUUCCAACCUA